AUGGAUCUAUGGUUUCACUCGAUCCGGAUUUGCUGGUGGAGGGUUUUGUUCCUGAUGAGUGUUUUCCAGGACUAUCUGAGCUCCAUGCUGGACUGCCCGCCGACCUGCAGCUGCUCUCAAACAGAGAUCUAUUGCAAUAAGUCCGACAGCGGCAGGUUUUUCCCUUUACUCGCCCUGCAGGACACUGGGAACAAUGGGACCAGUGUUGACAUAGCAGAGUUAUUCAAAAACAUCUCCUCUAUACACAUAGAGAACUGGACAGGAUUGCAGACUCUGAGAGACGUCGAUAUGGAGCUCUACACUGGACUGCAGAGACUAACAAUCAUGAAUUGCAACCUGAGGGUGAUCCAGGCUCGAGCGUUCGCUCAGAACCCACACCUACGCUACAUAAACUUGUCAAAGAAUCCUCUCAGCACUCUGUCAUGGCAGCUCUUCCAGCACCUCCAACUCUCCGAACUGCGUCUGGAUGGUGUGGUGUUCGACUGCGGUUGUGAUAUCCGCUGGAUCCAGCUGUGGCAGCAGAGGGGGGAGGCCGGGCUCCACACGCAGCAGCUGUCCUGCAGGAACGGAGCCUCAAAGAUGAAACUGCACAGCAUGUACAUCCACAACUGUGACUUGCCAGAGAUCAGUGUGAGCCACAGCAGUGUGUUGGUGAUGGAGGGCGACAAUGUGACGGUGAGCUGCAAUGGAUCUGGAUCUCCGCUGCCUGAAGUGGACUGGACUGUCAGCGGCCUGAACUCCAUCAACACACACCUGUCCAAUGUGUACUGGCCCAACAUCCACUCCAUCAACCUGACUCUGUUCAACAUCAGCCGAGACGACAACAACUUCCAGCUGACCUGCAUCGCAGAGAACGUGGUGGGGAUGAGCAACUCCUCCAUCGCGCUCAACGUACAGUUUCCUCCAGUUAUCCUGAGACUGGCUGAGCCAGAGCAACGCCUCCACACCUGCAUCGAGUUCACGGUUCGGGGUUACCCCCACCCCAAGCUACGCUGGUUCUACAAGCAGAAGGAGGUGAUGCAGAACGACUACAUUCGGACUGAGAUGGAGUUCUACCAGGACUAUCUAGAGGGUUGUCUGACCUUCCAGAACCCAACACACAUCAACAAUGGCAACUACACCCUGGAGGCCAGUAACCCGCUGGGAACGGUCACAAAGACGGUGUAUGGUCACUUCCUAUUGGAUCCAGGCAUCAUUGACGAAGACACACACACACACACACAGUCUUGCAGGCUUACACAUCGACCAGACGAAGAUACAUUCGGGGUUUCCAUCGCCGUUGGUUUGGCGGGCUUUGCCUGUGUCCUUCUCCUCGUCCUCUUUGUUCUCAUCAACAAAUACGGCCGACGCUCCAAAUUCGGUAUGAAAGGUCCAGUAGCUGUGAUAAGUGGUGAGGAAGACUCUGCCAGCCCUCUUCAUCAUGUCAACCACGGGAUUAUUACCCCCUGUACUCUGGACGCGGGUCCUGAUGCAGUUGUUAUAGGGAUGACUCGUAUCCCUGUGGUGGAGAACCCUCAAUACUUCAGACAUGGGCACAACUGUAACAAGCCAUCCACCCUAGUCCAGCAUAUAAAGCGGAGAGACAUAAUCCUGAAGAGGGAGUUGGGUGAGGGAGCGUUCGGUAAAGUCUUCCUGGCGGAGUGUUACAACCUGAGCCCCACCAAGGACAAGAUGCUGGUGGCUGUCAAGCAAUGUCUAAAUCUGACUCAUUGUUUUCCCCUUCAGACACUGAAAGAUCCCAACCUGUCUGCACGGAAGGACUUCCAGAGGGAGGCGGAGCUGCUGACCAACCUGCAGCACGAUCACAUCGUUAAAUUCUACGGAGUGUGCGUAGACGGAGACCCUCUCAUCAUGGUUUUUGAAUACAUGAAGCACGGAGACCUCAACAAAUUCCUCAGAGCCCACGGCCCAGACGCCAUGAUCCUGGUAGAUGGCCUGCCACUGCAGUCCAACGGGGAGCUGGGCCUUUCCCAGAUGCUGCACAUUGCCACCCAGAUUGCCUCGGGCAUGGUUUACCUGGCCUCCCAGCACUUUGUCCACAGAGAUUUGGCAACACGCAAUUGCCUGGUAGGCAAUGGCCUGCUGGUGAAGAUUGGAGACUUCGGCAUGUCCAGGGACAUCUACAGCAGCGACUACUACAGGGUUGGAGGACACACCAUGCUACCUAUCCGCUGGAUGCCUCCAGAGAGCAUCAUGUACCGGAAAUUCUCCACGGAAAGCGACGUCUGGAGCUUUGGAGUCAUUCUGUGGGAGAUCUUUACUUAUGGGAAGCAGCCUUGGUUUCAGCUGGGUAACAACGAGGUUAUUGAGUGCAUAACCCAGGGUCGGGUUCUGGAUAGGGCACGGAUUUGUCCUAAGGAGGUGUAUGACAUCAUGCUGGGCUGCUGGCAGAGGGAACCGCAGCAGCGACUGAACAUUAAGGACAUUCAGAAGGUCCUGUUCGCCAUGGGAAAAGCCACGCCGGUCUACCUGGACAUCCUGGGCUAG